AUGGCCUCAUCACAACUCGGCCGGCCGCGGACGCCGCCAAGCCUCGUCCGGGAGAUUGCCGCCUCCGACGACGAGGGUAGUGACGGCUCGUCCUCUGACGACUCCCUCCAGGAUCUUACCGCGCUUCUAGGUGGCCAUGGACCAUCACCAGCACCACCCACUGCCGCCAACCACCAGUUGCAGCCCACCACGCCACAGAGGCGCUCCAAACGCCCUGCUGCUGGAUCAUCCCGCCCAGGGCAUAGAUCGCCGCUGGUAAAUAUCCCACGGCACCGCUUCGACCUCGCAGCGCUCGCCAAGGACGCGCGCCGCGACACGGCCCUGCAGGCGAGCUCGCAGCUCGCCCGGGUCCCCGUCAGGACAGCGACGCCAUCAAUGCCCGGCGGCAGCGGCAACGGUAGCGAUCUCACUGGUCUCGUUAGUAGCGCAAGCAAACCCGGCGAUGCGCACAAGGUCCUUCGCGCCGUGCAGAGGGCAGACCCGGGCCAUCAGGAGCUGCGGUACUGCUUCUUCCGCCCGUCCCUUGACGAGCCGGACUGCCCACCGCCGCGACGGCCGCCGCCGCCGCCAGAGGCCAGAAGAAUCCCGUGGACCCUGCUCACCGAAGGCAACCCGCGCGUGUGCGAGCAGAACCUCGUUUCAGGCGUCCCGUUUAGCGUGGUGGAGAGACGGGGCGCCAUGCCGCCUUCCGUCUUCCUUUGGUUGCUGGAAGAGAUUUGCGCGCCGGGGGCCUCGCCCGUGACGCGCGCGGAGCUCUGCCACCUCAUCGCCGCCUGUCCUGAGCAGGUGGCCGCGCUUCUCACCCCAAAGCUCCUCAAGUCGAUAUGGGAGCGCAUCGGUGCCGCGGACGCGUCCCUACAGCGCGGUCGAAUCAACGUUGCCAAGGUGAGCGACGAGGUCUACAAGGGCAGGGACUGGGCGCCGCUUCUCGCCAUCCUGUCGCUCUUGAGCGACACGGCGUCGGCGCUGCCGUUAGAAACUAGAACAUACAUGUUACAAUUGCUACUUCGAAUGGCCAUGGACAUGGUUGUUCUCACCAAUAUUGACAUUGACGAUCAAUUCGAACACACUUUCAAAAACCUCAUCGAAACCAUCCCGCCUAGGGACUGGGACGGCUUUUGUCAUGAUACCUGUGCCCUGCUCCUGAGCAAUUUCUCCUCGCCGUGCAUCCGCGUCAGCGCCCUCCUCUGCCUGCCGACAAGCUCGUCCCGCGCGCACGACCUCCGCCGGCGCCUCGCCGCCACCUUUCUCUUCCGCGACGCCUCGCUCGCACGCCGCGCGCCCGAGGCCGCCAUCACGCUACAAGCUAUCAUCGACCGCCUCGGAGAGCGCGACUUCGACGUCAGCCCGGGCACCGAGUUCGCCGAGCUGCGCGCCGCCGUGCUCAUCCUCGACAUGGCCGUCGACGACGGCUCCGUCCUGGCGGGGCCGGCCGACCACGCCGAGGAGGACCGCUUCAACGAGCGCGUCGACGAGCUCGCAGCCCGCCUCGGCGACAUCUGGCGCCGUAUCAACGACGCCGGCAUGAAGCUCGCCCGCACCGAGGCUAAGUCGGUCGUCGAGUGGGUGCAGAAGCGCGUCACGCACACGGUCCGCACCCGCCGCCGGCCACCCACCAGCAUCUUUGACCUGCCCGGCCACCAGGAGCAGCAGCAGCGGCAGCGGAGGGAUCUGCCUCGGCAGCAGGAGUUUAUGAAGAGCUUCUUCCGGAAGAAGAUGCCCUCGCCGAAACCAGCACCGAAGCCAGGGUCAGAGUCAGAGCCGGAGGAAGUUCUGGAUUGUAUUGAAGUCAAGCUGGAGUAG